AUGAGCAUCAUUGUGGACAAAGUCGAUGUUGUCAAUCCACAAGGCAAGUUUACUGAUGAUUUUAUAUUUGAUAUAACAAUCGAAUGCACUUCCCCAAUUUCAACAUUUAUUAAAUUGGAAGUUAUUUAUGUUGGAAGUACACAACAAGGAUCUGAAUAUGAACAAAUUUUAGCAUCAAAGAAAAUCGGACCAAUUGAAGUUGGCUUAAGCAGAUUCGUAAUUAAAGCAAAACCACCACAAGUCAGCAAAAUACCAUUCGAAGAAGCAGCAUUAGCAGGAUUAACAGUUCGAGCUCUUUACAAAGACCAGGAAUUUAAUAAAAUACUAUAUUUUGUAUCAAAUGAAAUUCCUGCAACAGCUACAUCAUUUGAUGGGCUUGAUCUCUCAACAAUAGACCGUGAAGUUGAUGAUGAAAAUAAAACUGUUCAUCCAAAACAAAUUAAUUGGAAAUAA